GCUAUUUCAUCACUAUCCAACUAAUAUCAUAAUAAGAAAAUUUCGAUAAGAGCUGUUUGCUAUGAAACUUAACUUUUCUGCACACCUAAAGAAAGGGGGCUUUGUAUUUUUAAAUAACUUUUGAUAAACGCAAGAUAGAGAGCUGCGGUCUUCACCGUUGGAAAGAGGAAAUGAAGAUGCAUCGAAUCGUAUACUAUUAGUUUUUUCUAAUAUGUUUUCUGAAGUUUUUAAUCAAUUUUCUAAAUGACGGAAACAUAGUUCUUUAUCAAAAAAAAAGCGAAAAAGUAUUUUUUUCAGAGGAAUUAUUAGAAAAUCUACUAGCUUCGACUCUAAUACCUAUAACUCCUAAAUGAUUAUAUCUAAACAUUUGAGCCUUGUACAGCCUUGUAGAUCCUCGAUUGGGGGUUUGAAAGCUAACUAAAUAAUUGAAAAUACAUUAUACACAACUCACAGGAUAGGUGUGUUUUCAAAAAUAUCGACUGAAACCGUUAAGUAAAACAGGUCAGAAAAACCUAUAUAAUUCGAUUCGAUGCAUCUUCAUCUCCUCUUUGCAACGGUGAAGACUGCAGCUCUCUACCAUGUUUCUAUCAAAAGUUAUUCAAAAAAUACCCAUCCACCUUUUUUGUGAAAAUGGCACUAGUAUUUUCAUAGCAAACAGCUCUUAUCGAAAUUUUCUUAUUAUGAUAUUAGUUGGAUAGUGAUGAAAUAGCAUAGAAAAAUAGAGCAUCGUUUUCUCUAUCAUCGCAUAAAAAAAGAAAAUUUCUUUGAGCUUUCUAUUCGGAAAUAAGGUAUCUCCGACAGAACUUUUGGAUUGACCUAAGUAUGUUGUCGUAUCGUACAAAAGUAAAUCUGAUUGUGAUAAACGCAUGUAUGUAACACCAUCACCAAAGAAUUUUAGAUAUAACUACUACACUUGAAACUAUUUCACCAGUCAGUAAUUCACUAAACAACAAACGUUGCGCGUUGUUAGAAGUAGGUUUCUCUCAGUCGUGUACAGACUACAAGCAAAGAAAUAAUGUUCACUAGUUUCAUCGCAAUGUCCGCAGGGACAAAUUGCAAGUAGAAUUUGUCGAUGAAAUGACCAACAGCGCCUAAAGGUCUUAGCAAUUGCUAAUGUCGACAGCAAGUAUUUAUUACUAUAAAAAGUGCAUUCUUUUAACUUUUUGGACUUUUGAGUUUUGCUGAGUUAAGAAUCAUCUUGGUUGAUACAGAGAAACUAAUCGAAGUUAUGCUAUUUUCUUAAAUUAAACGUUUUGGAUUUAAUAUUCACUUAGUAUUUAAUAGUGUAUGCUACACGCGAGAAUUCAAAAUAUUUCGAAAUCAUUAUCAAAAUGUCUGAAGAAUUUAGAAACUAAUUCAAAUUCAUGCACAUUUUGUUCAGAAAUAAACAAUCCUUCAGAAGUUCCAACUUAAAAAUGAUUUCAAGUGUCCAAUAACUAUGACAAUAUGAGUUUAAUAGAGUUAUUUAAUAGAAUGAGUGAAAUAGUUAACCUUACAUUGUUAAUCUCAUAUAUGUAGUUUUCUUUUUUGUUGUUUCCUUUUACACUCGCACAUCAUUUCAUUAAUAUUAGAUUCUGACUGAUGUACUUUUUUAGUUGAAAAGAAAAAAUCAAACAAAAUUGUCGAAAAAGAAUAAAUAUGUUGUGUUAUUCUUUUAAUGAAGAAAUCGGUUCGCUUAAAUUUCUUCAUUUCACUGUCUCUCGACCAGUACGAAGCGCAUGCAUGUUGGAUAAACGUUAUUGCAUGGUUUAGAAAGAGUUCGAAGCCGGCUGUAGGAUUCUUCUAUUAUCACUGCUCAGUUGCUGUUAAAUUGUUGUGAAUUUUCAAAAGUACGUAGGAAAAACAAAGUUUAUUGCUUGUUUUUCCGUUGUGCACACCAGCAGACUUUCAUGUCAUUUUUCUAACAGACAAAAAUCGUCAAACAACGAACCGAAGAGCAAAACUGUGACUGCAGUCAAUGCAGUUCUUAAAACGAUUGUUCCAUACCAUCUUUCUGUUGACCAUAUAUACCACUAAUUGGACGUGUCAAGGAAUUCGACUUGAAUAUCGUCCACACUUGGGCGAUGUAUUCAGUUAUUCGGAAGUACAAAUCACAGAGCGCAUGGACUUUGACAAACACAUUGAGGAAUGUGUCGAACGUGUUGAAACAAUUUACACCGAGCGGGUCAUCGAGUUACAUCCAAAUGUAACUGUCGAAAUAUCCAUCACUUGGGCACAGGUAACUCCGACUGACAACAACAAACGUGCUCAGCUUCUUGCUACUGUCGGUCAUGUGCAUCAGGUCGGCGGAACCUCUCUCGAAUUGGUCAUGGGUCCUGAUGGUCUUCACUUGCUUCCACCACCCAGUGACCCAACCUUUCCUCUGCAUGACAUUGACGUGGGCGACAAAUGGACAACACCGAUAAUGAACGCUUUGGGCGAAUUGGAAUAUAAACUGAUCAAUGCAGACGGUCAGGUGGCAACACUCGAAUUUGAUGGUGGCUUGAACAUGUUCAGUGGGGGUUUGUCAGAAGAAAUACAAGAACAAUGCGUUAAAUUUUAUACAGCCGAAAGUUUUCUCUAUCGUCUAGUUAAUAUGACUUUACGUAAAGAUGAUAGGAAUAAACUGAUUGGUGCUACAUUUGAAGGCAGAGUCUAUCGAGGUGCUCAACUUGAUGAACAAAUGUUGAGAGAUUAUAAAAACUCAGUUAGUGAAGUGCGAAAGUGGCUUGGAUAUUCAUCAACAAGUAAAAAUCGUCGUCUAGCUGAGAAUUUUGGCAAUACAUUAUUCAUAAUAAAAACAAUAAAAACUCGAGAAAAUACAAAUUGGGAUGUGUCAUUAUUAUCGGAAUAUCCGAAUGAAGACGAAUUACUUUUAACCGCCGGUAUAUCAUUUACUAUUAACAAAGUUGAAUGCAAUGGUGGAAAAUAUUUGAUCUAUCUUACCGUAAAACGUGGAUGGCAUUAA